AUGGCUUGGCGCAAUCAAGGAAUCACUGGUUCCAACAACAUCCCGCUGGGGCGGCGACGCAUGGGCGGCGAUGAUGAGGAGGAAAGCCAUGCAGCGACCCCUUCGUCUAUGCCUCCGUCCAUGGGUCCCGAUGGCCCUAAGCGUGGCCGCAGCCCUGCAAGAGGUAUUUUCUUUCCACAGGCGCAUGUUUCACCGAUCACCCAGGCUAAUCUUUAUUCCUGCACAGCUGAACCCGUCCUCGCUGCCGAUGGAUCCAAGAGGCGCAAGAAGCGCAACCGUUGGGGUGACCAACAGGAGAACAAGGCUGCUGGCCUCAUGGGCUUGCCGACCAUGAUUAUGGCAAACUUCACCAGCGAACAGCUUGAAGCCUAUACGCUUCACCUUCGUAUUGAGGAGAUCAGCCAAAAGCUUCGGAUCAACGAUGUAGUUCCUGGCGAUGGCGAUAGAUCUCCCUCUCCCGCGCCCCAAUACGACAACUUCGGUCGACGUGUGAACACUCGUGAAUACCGUUACCGAAAGCGACUCGAAGAUGAGCGUCACAAAUUAGUCGAAAAGGCCAUCAAGACCAUUCCUAACUACAACCCGCCCUCUGACUACAGACGCCCGACCAAGACCCAGGAGAAGGUCUACGUGCCCGUGAAUGACUAUCCAGAGAUUAACUUCAUUGGCUUACUUAUAGGACCCCGUGGAAACACUCUCAAGAAGAUGGAAACCGAGUCCGGUGCUAAAAUCGCCAUUCGAGGCAAAGGCUCCGUCAAAGAAGGAAAGGGCCGAUCUGAUGCCGCCCACGGUAGCAACCAGGAAGAAGAUCUCCACUGUCUGAUCAUGGCCGACACCGAGGAAAAGGUGAACAAGGCCAAGAAGCUUGUUCAUAACGUUAUUGAAACAGCCGCCUCUAUUCCUGAAGGCCAGAACGAGCUUAAGCGCAACCAACUGCGUGAGCUGGCUGCUCUCAACGGUACCCUCCGUGACGACGAAAACCAAGCUUGUCAGAACUGUGGUCAAAUCGGACAUCGCAAGUAUGACUGCCCUGAGCAGCGCAACUUCACCGCCAACAUCAUCUGUCGCGUUUGUGGCAAUGCCGGCCAUAUGGCCCGCGAUUGUCCCGACCGCCAGAGAGGCAGCGACUGGCGCAACGGUCCCGGUCCGGACAGACAAGGCCCUCGUGGUAGCGGUACUGGCGAUGCUGUGGACCGUGAGAUGCAGCAACUCAUGAACGAGCUUUCCGGUGGUGGUGCUGCUCCUGGCGAAUACGAGCCCCGCCGUAUCGAAGCUGGUCCCGGUGGUGCUGAUGGUUACCCUGAUGACCGUGACGCUAAGCCUUGGCAACAGCGUGGUCCUCCUCCCCAGAGCGACGUGGCUCCCUGGCAACAGCGCCGUGACCCCCGUCCCCGUGAUGACUACGGACGUGGCGACUAUGGAAACCGCGACGACUAUGGCUCUCGCGGUCAAGGUGGUCCCGCCCCUUGGGCCAUGCAGAACCAGGGCCGCGACUAUGGCUACGGAGCUCAAGGAGGGUACGCUGCUCCUGGAACUGCCCCCGGCGCUGCUCCUGGUGCCGCUCCCUGGCAACAACCGGCUCCUCCUGGUGGACAGCCUGCCUACGGAGGCUACGGUGCAUACCCCGCCUACCCCCCCUGGAAUGGGCGCUCCUGGUGCUGCGCCUCCUGGCAUGGGCGCGCCUCCUCCCCCCUCCUGGCAUGGCUCCGUCGUACUAUGGAGCUGCUGGCAGUCCUCCCCCUCCUCCUCCCCCUGGUGACGCGCCCCCACCCCCUCCUCCCAGUGACCAGCCUCCUCCCCCCCUCCUCCCCAGUGAUAAAGUAA